GUGGAUGCUAAAGAGUAGCCUGGUUUUUUAAAAGACAAGAUCCUUAAAAAAGCAGUGCUUUAAUAAAAAGAAGUAAAUAACAAUUUCUGGAACAUUAAUUUAUUAAUAGAUUAAAGUUAAAAGUUAAUAUUAGAAAACAUGUUUCAAAGUAUUCGAUGGGCUUUCAAUUGGAAGGAAUGGAAUCCUAGUGAGAAGGACUUUACUUAUGCUAUUUCUUGUAUACAAUUAGAAGAGAAAGAAAGAUUAGGCAAAUUUGUGUUUCGCAAAGAUGUUAGGGCUUCUCUUGUAGGCAGAUUAAUGAUGAGAAAAUUUGUUAAUGAAUAUGGACAUAUUCCAUAUUCCAAUAUAAUAUUUGUAAGAGAUGCAAAUAAUAAGCCUAUUUUAAAAAAUAUUUCUUCGAGUUUAAGUUUUAAUGUAUCCCAUCAGGGUGAUUAUACAGUUUUAGCAGGUGAAACAAAGAAUGUAAAAUUAGGAAUAGAUAUAAUGAAAUUUGAAUAUACUGGUGGUAAACAGUUAUCUGAAUUUUUCCGUAUAAUGAAUCGAAAUUUUUCAUCUUCAGAAUGGAAAGAGAUAAAAAAUUUAUCUUUAGACGAGUCCGAACAAAUCAAUAUGUUUUGUAGACAUUGGGCAUUAAAAGAAAGCUAUGUGAAAGCUUUAGGCAUCGGCAUUGUAAGUGAUCUUAGAACAUUUUCAUUUGAAACUAAUUCAAGAUUAUUUGAAAAUUCUGUAACGAUUGAUACAGUUUUAUAUAUAAACGGUAUAAAACAAGAUUGGUUGUUUGAGGAAACAUUGUUAAAUUCGCAUCAUUGUGUAGCUAUAGCAUUGCAAGAAAAUGGAAAAGUACUGAAAUCGCAAAAGAAAACAUUUGACAUUAUAAGCAAUGAUAAACUUUUAGUAAACACUGUUCCAUUGUUUCCACAAGACUUUGAAUAUACACAAAAAUAUUUUGAAAAAAAAGAAAAUUCAAAACUUUAGAUUUUAUAUAUUUUUUUUAUGAGUACAUUUAUAUACAUGAAAUAAAGAUGUACAGAUAUAACAUUUUUAUAUUAGUUAGUGAGUCUCUAAUAAAGAUAGUUAGAAAUA